AUGUCGUUCAAAUUGCACUCAAAAAUCCUCGCCAAGUUUUUCCAAUCACUGCCUCUGACCAUUGUCAGCGCGCACACACGCUGCAGGUCCUCUGCUGGUGAUGCACGGACAAGGUCUCGUGGUGGUCACCGUGUCAGAGGAACGCUAACCAUGAGGAUAACUGUCGCAGCUCUUGCGCUGCUCGUCCAGACAGCCCGGUGUUUGGCCUCGGACGAUUCAUCGUUCAUGCUGGAAAACAAAGCCAUUGGCUCCUGCUUGCUGUGGAGGUCAAGCCGCUGCUACACAGUGCGCUGGACGUCUGGCAACAGGCUCCUCAGCCCCGUCUUAAAGAAGUGCCUCGGGGUCCAGGGCAAAAGCGUGGGGAGCGAGGUCGCCCUCUACGACUGCGACGAGCAGAGCGAACUACAGAAGUGGGAAUGCAGGAACGAAACGCUGCUGGCCCUCAAAAACCAGAAGCUUUACAUCCAGAUGCAGUCCAAGGACUCCGCCGUCCUCUCCAGGGAAGUAACGGCCAACAGCCACUUCACCGUGUCCUCGACCACCAGCGGCGCUUGCUCAAGAACCCACCGAGUUCUUUACAGCAUUCAGGGAAAUGCAUAUGGGAGGCCUUGCAUGUUUCCCUUCCUGUACAAAGACAAGUGGUAUGCCGACUGCACUCCGUACGAUGCUUCAAAAAGACGUCCCUGGUGUGCAAUCGAAACAAAAUACGAUCAUGAACUGUGGGGCUACUGCCCAUCCACCUCCACAGAGUACUGGAAUAAAAACCCCGUCACGGGGGCAUAUUACCAGAUCAACUUUCAGUCAGCUCUGACCUGGUAUCAAGCCCAGGCCAGCUGCACACAGCAGCACGCCGCGCUGCUCAGCAUCACCGAUCCCCACGAGCAGGCUUUCGUCACAGCACUACUGGGUACAGAUCAUCAGCGACUUUGGAUUGGGCUGUCUUUGAGCCAGGAGCAUGGCUGGGAGUGGAGCGAUGGAAGGCCAUUCCGUUAUCUGAGCUGGAAUUCCGGACAUCCACUGCCUGAUCCCGGCAGCAACUGUGCAGUGGCUGACUCUCAGCAGGGUUUAUACUGGCAGAGUUCCCCCUGCUCCAAGAAGUUGGGGUAUAUCUGUUACAGAGAAGGGGCCUUGCCACCUAUUAUUCAAGUUGAGCAAGGUUUUUGUCCAAGCCCUUGGAUCCCCUACAACGGUUACUGCUUCAAUCUUCAGCGUGCUAAAAAAACGUGGUCAGAGGCUCAGACUGAAUGCCGCAAAGAACUGGGUGACCUGGCGAGCAUCUACAACACAGAGGAUAAAAGCUUCAUUCUUUCUCAACUUGGUUAUUCUGCCACCGAUGAGCUGUGGAUCGGCCUGAAUGACAGGAAGACGGAGGGGCUGUUUGACUGGAGCGACCACACCACCGUCACUUUCACCAGCUGGGAGUUUGGGGAGCCCAGCACGUCCGGAAGCAGUGAGGACUGUGUUCUCAUCAGGGGGGAGAAUGGAAACUGGGCUGACCGUGGGUGUGAGGAAAGCCAUGGCUUUAUUUGCAUGAAGCCGAGUGACACCACAGCUACUGGAAGAGAGGUGGAGCUGGAUGUAGGCUGCAAGGCUGGCUGGAAAAGACAUGGCUCCUACUGCUACUGGGUCGGAUCGGAGACAAAAACAUUUGAUGAAGCCAAAAAUGAAUGUAAGAGCUCUGACUCCUACUUGGCUGAUGUUUCAAAUGGGGUGGAUAAUGCAUUCCUUGUCAGCUUGGUGGGGCUCAGAUCGGAGAAAUACUUUUGGCUUGGGCUCUCCAACCAGAAAAACAUCGAACAUUUCAUAUGGGACAACUCCAAUUUUGUGAAAUUCACUCACUGGAAUGCAGAGAUGCCAGGAAACAGGCAAGGCUGUGUUGCAAUAACUACUGGGAUUUUUGCUGGACUUUGGGAUGUACUGCCCUGCACCAAUCGGGAGAAAUACAUUUGCAAGCACCUGGCGGAGGGUGCAGUUAUAACCCCCAUCCCACCAACUCCACCCGCUCCGAGCUGUGCAGAGAAAUGGAAACCUGUCGGAUCAAGGAACACGUGCUUUAAGUUCUUCACGGGGCCACGCGAUGAUGAGAAGACAUGGUUUCAGGCCAGGGACUUCUGCAGGGCCCUUGGCGGAGAUCUGCUCAGCAUCCACAGUGCUCUCGAGCUGAGGCUGGGGAACUAUGGAAAAGCCUGGAUAGGGCUUAACGCCCCUAAUCGGGAUACUGGUUUCGAAUGGAGUGAUGGAUCCCCGCUAAAUUUCCAGCACUGGGAGGAGGGGGAGCCAAACAAUUUAAAUGAUGUGGAAUACUGCACCGAGAUCCGGAUACACAAGUCGGGUGAGAGUGGAUCUUGGAACGAUGUCCACUGCGACAGUUACAACGACUGGCUGUGUCAGAUUCGUGCAGGAGUGACUCCACACCCACCUCCAAAUAUCACAACACCCGAAUAUAACAGGAUGGCGGAUGGUUGGCUUGAAUGGCAAGGGAAUCAGUAUUACAUAAAUUCAAAUUCACUGUCCAUGGAAGACGCUCGUCACUACUGUCAGCAGAGGCAUGGUGACUUGGUGGUGAUCACCAGCGAAGCUGAAAAUGUAUUUUUAUGGAAACAGAUAGCUAGACAAUAUGUUCCCCAUUACAUAGGAGUAACAGUGGAUCUGGAUGGCACAUUUGGAUGGGUUGAUGGCUCUCCAGUGAUGUAUCGGAAAUGGGCUGAAUAUCAACCAGAUUUUAAAAACAACGAUGAAAACUGUGCAGUUAUGUACAACAGCAAUGGGUUCUGGCAUGAUUACAACUGUGGGAGCGAAUUUCGGUCCAUUUGUAAACGUCCAAGCUCAGCGCCCAUAAACUCCACUGCAGCCCCCACAGUGCCCCCUACAGGUGGAUGCCCGCUGGAUUGGUCAUGGUUUGACUCAAAGUGUUACAGAAUCGUCAAUAGCCAAAGGGACACUUGGAUCGAAGCAAGGAGACGAUGCAUUGCAAUGGGGGGAAAUUUAGCCUCCAUUGUCUCGAGGCACGAGCAAGCCUUUCUGGUCACCCGAAUGGCCGAGGCAGCGACUUCAGACCUGUGGAUUGGUUUGAACAGCUUGAGAGGGGAUCACUUCUUGUGGACUGAUGGGCGAAAAAGACCUUAUUCAAACUGGGGCUUUAAGAGAAGUGUUCAUCACAUCUUGGGCCUUUUUUAUCCACCAUGGAAUGAGGACCAGUGUGUCUUAAUGUCCGGAAACUCCUCCAAGGUUUUGGGGAAAUGGUUUGUCAGAUCCUGUAAUGACACCAAUGGUUAUGUCUGUCUUCGAAAUGUCGAUCCAAAAAUCCCAGCCCCGUCCAAAUCAGUCCCAACCACCUACAUGAAGGUGGGUAACGACUCCAUCAAGGUUGUGAUGCAGAACAUGAGCUGGAGCGAUGCCACGAAGCACUGUGAAGCCGAAGGUGCCAAACUGGCCAGCAUUAGAAGUGUGUGGAAACAGGCCUACAUUGAGCUUCAGGCUGUGAACAUCAAGGCUCCUCUGUGGAUUGGACUGAACAAAAACAAGACUAAAGGCUACUUUAAGUUCAUUGAUGGCUGGCAACUGAGCUUCGUCAACUGGGCGACAGGUGAACCCAGCAGAGACCGAUCCUGCGUGUAUGUUGAUGUGGACGGGACUUGGAAGACCGCUUUCUGCAAUCAGACCUUGAGCAGCGUUUGUAUGACGUCUACAGAUAUGGCACCAGCCGAGCCCACCGACUACCCAGGAGUUUGUCCUGACAUGAGGAAUUUUGAGUAUUUAGGAUACAUAGAGAUGAACUUUGCCUGGGUGCCUUUCAAGGGUCAUUGUUACGUCUUCGUCACAGCUUCAUUAGAAUGGCCAAACGCAGCUUCAAGCUGUUAUAAGCAUGGUGGAGUCCUGGCCAGCGUUGAGGAUCCCUUCGAGCAAGAGUUCAUUAAAAGCAACAUUGAGUUGUUAAGAGACAGCCAGGAGUCUUUCUGGAUUGGCCUGUUCAAGUCUCACGAUGGAAAAUGGUUGUGGCUGGAUAAGACAGUCAUGGACUACACUAACUGGGCUGAAGACAUGUCUGGUGCUUACAGCUCUGAUUAUGGAGAGAUCCAGGCUGAAGACGGGACAUGGAGGGCGGCCCACCAUCGGCAUAAUAGGGGUUACAUCUGUAAAACGUCCAAAGUGAUGCCAGAAAAAUUGUUGCCAUCAUUUGCUCCUUUGACAAAGGAAGCCCGAUACCGUGUCCACACGAGCUUGGCCAUUGUGCUAGUCAUUAGCAUCAUUGCCGUCAUGGCAGUCACCGGGUUUUUUGUCUACAAGAAAUCUGGGCGUCCCUUACCCACCUUUGACAACCCAAACUACUUCACCAGGGAGCUGUCUCAGCCUGAUGUGGUGGACACCAAUAAGCUGAUAGAGAAUGUAGAGGAGGAUGAGAACCCAGAGCCCAUCGUAUCCCUGUGAUGUGGCACUGGUAGACUAUAUAUGUAUGUGUGUGUGUGUGUGUGUGUGUGUGUGUGUGUGUGUGUGUGUCGGGCUGGAGGUUGUUGGUGUAUAAUAAGCAAGGCUCAGCAUUUUCAGUUUUUACCGAUUUUCAUGGAAAAAUACCCAGAUUUUUGAACUGAUUUUCACCCGGAUUUUAUGUUUCCACGGAUCCAAAAGUUGUUCCUGUUCGUGUGAGGUUGUGUAACAGUGUCCUCUUGGCGAAAUUUGGCAUGCUGGACGGCUUUGAAAAAUAAAAAACCAAAAACGCUGAGCCUUGAUAAUAAGUUAGUCUAUUCACUAGAACUUUGUAGACAGUUGUGAAGCACAAAGAGUUUCAGUGGAGUUGGUAAUGUAUGACCUCAUGGAACAAAACAGUUUAGGCUGUAGGAUGUAGAACCUUACAUAAAGGAUUCAUCAGCGUUUGAAAUACUUUUUUUUUUGUUGCUGAAUUUGAAAACAAAUGCACAGUUUUAAAUCAAUACUCAAGUUAGGAUACAGCGUCGUCUGUGCAUUUUCAACCUGCUGAGGUUCUUUUGAGUUAAAACUUGAAUUUUUUGACUCUGAUUCAUAACCGUCGAAACAGUAAAAGCAAAAGUACCUUGUUCUUACUUGGCAAAAUUAGAACAUAUGUGUUUAUUUGAGGUAUUACAUUUCCCGCCACUUAUCUGUAUUAUUACAACUUGACUUUUCAGACACAUUUCCCCGCUAAAAGAGACGAAUAUACCAUUUUGACUCCAUUCUGACUCUUUAUUACAUUAUAGUGUCUUAAUUUUGGGGAAUAUACUACAGGAUGAUGACCAAAGUGUCUCUGCAAGAUGGGAUCAUGUUUUAAUGGCUUUUAAUGUCAUUCGUGUUUCACUUGUUUCUUGUUUGCACAUGCCUGUAUGGGAAAGUACAAUAAUAAAUAGU